GGCUGUGAGGGGCUCGAACGGAAAGCUAAAAGAGAGAGCUUGAGACACACUUGGGCUGCCUUCAAUUCUGAAUUAUGGCCUUUAGCAGAGAGAGCAAAGAAAACCUUGAAGAAUAUAAGAAAUCAGAAGAAAUCUGCGAAGAAAUAAUUGGCAUUGAAGGCAUAGUUGAUGAAGAGGCCAAAGAACAAUGUCAAAAACAAAAGCACAAAAUGAGAAUACCAAAAAAUAUGAAAAUCAAAAAUAUUAUAAAACACAAAAAGAAUCCAAAAUCUGAAGCUGCUCUCAGCCCCGAGGCAACGUUAGAAGUGGACCUUGACACCAUUGAAGGCAUAGUAGAGUUUACUGGUGAUUCUGAAGUGGGAUGUCAGAAACAAAAAUUCAGAAUCAAAAUAUCAGAAAAAAUAAAAAUUCUUGACUUCAAGAAACGGCAGAAGAAUUCAAAAUCCACAGGAACUCCAUCAGUGGAAUUGGAUUUCAAAGAGAACCUUGAGCAGAACCGUUUGGCUGAAGCACAGCAACAGCUGGUGAAAGCUGAGGAAUGUCUCUUUGGUUCAAAAGAAGUGGGCAGGACAGAAGAUGAGGUAGACAAGCUUCAUAUUGACUAUGAGAUCUUUAUUUUGCACCUGAGAUUGGCCAUCUAUGACUCCUUCAGUGAGGACAGCCAGGAGACACUCAAGAGUGCUUUGACUUCAAUACUUAAAGAGGAGGCACAGGACAGACGCUGGAUGGAAGUUGCCGAGGAUCAACGCCCAAUAUGGAGGCCUACGGGGUGCAGACAGAUCCAUGACACAUUACUCCAGACUACCGUGGAGGAACGAAUGAAGAAUGCAGAUGAAGAGGAGAAUAAUGCAGAUAUACUGUCUACCUCCUUGAAGAGAGAGGUGUUCCGAAUGGGCAAACUAGUGCAGAAAGAUCUGCUCAGAGUGAUCCGAAAUCUGAGAGAGUGUUACCCACCGGACUUUGACAUCUGCAGAACAUAUGCUCAGCUCUACCAUCAAACCUUUUCCACCAGACUUCAAGAGCUUGCCAGAUCCAAAAUCAGUUCUGAGGACUGCCUCUAUUUAUUAAGUUGGAUUGUGGAGUACUACCCAAAAGAUGUAUUGAAGCAUAAAGAACUAGAGGAGCACAUCAACAGUUCAUCACUUGGACCUCUGUUACCUGAAGAAGACCUUAAGAGAUUAGAGGAACAGUACUUCUCUUACAAAGAGAACGAGAUCAGAAACUGGUUAUCCAAUGCUUUAGAGAAAGAGGUGAAAAAAUGGAGUGAUGGCAUCGAACCAGAGCUGAUGGACGGAUACUACUUCAGUAGCCUUGCUGUUGAUGUUUUACCACUUGUUGAUGGGGCUGUAAAAGAUGUCAACACACUUUUGAGUUGUGAAAGUAAAGCCCGGAGUUUCCUAAACCAGCUGGACAGUUUUCUUCAGAGCUAUAGGACAAGUCUGGAGGAGAUGGUCAAAAGAAAACAAGAAAACAUUCCUAAAACUCUCUUUGCUAAUCUGGUUAAUAUUUACCAGUUUAGGGAUUAUGUACAAAAACCAGAACAUCCUUUCACAGAGGACACUAGAAAAACUUGCCUGUCCACAUUAGCAGAUCUCAAAAACAUUAGUCACAAAUACUUCCUCAGUCAUAUUCACACAGAACUGAAGCCGCUGUACCGUAAACUGUGGACUCAAGUUUGGUUCGCUGGACAUUGUGAGGUUGUGGAGGAGCUGGUGAAGGCUCUUGAGAGUAACAUAGACAAUUUCAAAGAGCUAAAGUCUGUCUGCAGAGAGGAGCUAAUGGCUGAGCUGCAUCUAGAAGUAAUGGUUGAAUAUGUGAGGCGAAUGAUGAAGAGAAAACUGAAACUGAAAGACAAAGAGCAGCAAGAAGCAGCUGCUGAGUUCAUCUGCCACGACAGCAAUCAAAUCUGCUCUGUGUUUGACAAAGUGGGAUGCAGAGAGGAAUGGUUCUGUCAAAUACUGCCCAAAUUAUCAGAGAUUCUGAGACUGCAGGAUCCUGGGAGUUUACAACUUGAGAUUGUUACUCUGGCAAGAGACUAUCCUGACAUGAGUGAGCAGCAUAUUAUUGCUCUCCUAAACCUGAAGACCAACCUUUCAAGCUCAGACCUGCGAAGGAUCAAAAAGUGUCUGAGUGAAAACAGAGGCACACCGGACACUCUGGAGUCCUCUACUUUCAACUUCUUCUCUAAAGUACUCAUCAAAUGGAAAAUCAUCUAAAUGCCCCGUUACAUCUAUGGCUAACGUUAAACAACUGUGAUUCAUACUGUGAUACAUAAUCAGUGUUGUUAUGUAAUAUUUAUUAUAAAAAAAAAAAGUAUGGUAUUAUUCUGUUAUUCUCAGCUGAUUUCACACUGUUUUCCAAAAAUCCUCUAAUUCCCUUCUUCUUUACUUAUAAAGUGGAAAAUCAUCUGAAUGCCCUGUAACAUCUGUAGCUAAUCUUAAAUACCUGUGAAGCAUACUGUGAUACAAAAUCAGUAUUAUCCAUUCAUCUGUCCAUUUUCCAUACCCUCUGCAGGGUUGUGGGGGGAUGGAGUAUGAUCAGUAUUAUUUUAUCUAAUAUUUAUUAUGAAAACUCAUAUCAGUUACAAGUCUUAUUAUUCUGUUACAGUAUUAUUCAAAAAUAAGGUCAAGAACAAUGUGUUUUUAAAUUUGUAUUUAAUCAAAACAUUUUUGAAUAUGGCAGAACAUUACAAGGUUUUAUUUAUUUAUUUAUUGCACCGAAUUUGUGUAAAACCAGUUGAGAAAACCUAUGAAAUGCCAUAAAACUAAAUGGUAAAAUCAAAUGUGAAAAAAGUGUAUAUUUAUAAUGUAAAGUGCUUCGUCUGAAUGCAUGUUCAAAGCUCUCAAAAAUUAUUUAAAUAUUCUGAUAUAAUACACUUAAUGUUUUAGUAUGCAGCAGGCCUUGCUUCACAAUACAAUACAGUAAAUGUCAUUUUAAACUAAAGACGAUGAGAGCUGCUUAGAAAAUAGCCUUUUUAAAACUUUUGCAAAGUGCUCUUCAUUUGCCUACAGUAGCUAAAUAAACUGUUUAAAUUUGUCUUGCGUAAGGUAAGUAUAAAAGGGAUAACAAAAUCAACAAAUCAUUCUUCAUUAUCUAAUACGGAUGAUAAAAAAUCAGUUUAAUUGAUACUGUGGUGUCUUGUACAUUCAGCAACUAAUGGAUAUUCUUUCGUUUUAUUCAUUAAGCAUGUACACUACCAAUCAUAAGUUUGGGGUGGGUAAAAUCUUGUAUUGUAAUAUUGUAUUGUAAAAUUUUGUAUUAUUUUAAAUUGUAAAAAAAUAUUACAAUUUAAAAUAAUUUUGUUGUAUUUUAAUGUAUUUUAUAAUGUUAUUUCUGUAAUGGCAAAGCUGAAUUUUCAGUGUCACAUGAACCUUCUAAAAUCAUUUUAAUAUGCUGAUUUGCUGCUCAAUAAUCUUUCAUUGAUAAAAAUCUAUUAUUAUCAAUGGUUAAAACACUUGCUUAAUAUUUUGACAAAAAAAAAAUUCUUUUCUUUCAGGUUUUUUUUUUUGAGGAAAAGAAAGAUCAGUAUUCAAAUAUUCAAAAGAACAGCAUUUGUUUGAGAUAGAAAUCUUAUAUAAAAUUACAAAUGUCUUUAAUGUCACUUUUAAUCUAUUUGAUGCAUUCUUGCUGAGUAAGUAUUAUACAUUUUUUUAAAGCAAAAAGUGGAGCAAGAAAGUAAAAUUUAAAUAAAUGUAAUAAAGUCCAUGCUGAACA